AUGAACAGUGAUGAAACUCCAUCUGUUGUACGUUGGACUACAAGCGAUAACCAAAGCGCUGGGAACUCAAAGGAUAGUCACUUUGUAAUUGCAAAAUGCAAAAGAAAUACUAGACCAAUUUUAACUAAAAAUACUACUGAUAAUCAAGAGAGCGAGGAGUCAGAAAAUGAAGAGCGUCUUCUGGCAGUGUACUGUAAAGCGGGAAAACUAGGGGCAGCUUGCUACACUCUCCAAACUGGCGAAUUACAAAUCUUAGAAGAGAUAGUGGACCGUCCACCGGAACACCAGAUAUUUGUAUCACUAUUUAACCAAAUAGAGCCCGCUAGAAUUAUUUUGGAUGGAAAGUCACAGGGGACUUUCAUUAGCGCUGUAAAGAAAAUUCUUUUCAAUGACGACUUAAAUGAAGGGAGAUGUAAACUAACAUUUGUGUCUGCCAAAGAAUAUAAUUUCGAAGCAUGCAAGAGACGUAUUCAUUCCCUUUCUCUACCCCAUGAACCAUGUGAGUGUUCAGACGAGGAACGUUUAGUGUUCCUCCGCACUGUGGUGGACUUCACCCAAACACAAACAGUACAUGCCUUAGGAGCUAUGCUUAGAUACUUGGACCUAAAUUGGUCCAACUUAUGCAUGGAUUUGCACGGAAAACCACAAUUUUUGAGUUUAAAAAGAAUAUCACUAAAUGAUAUAGUAGCGAUGGAUGAAGACACAUACCGCGGCUUACAAAUAUUUAGUUCUUUAUCGCAUCCGAGCGGGUUUAAAAAGGGAGUGCAAGGAAGCAACAAGGAGGGUCUGAGUUUAUUCCAACUUCUUAGCAAAUGCUCUUCUAAAGUUGGUCAUCGACGAAUGAGAACUUUACUCCGCCAUCCAACAAAAGACAUAGAGACGCUACGGCGUAGACAAGAAGUGAUAGCGUACUUUAUGCGGCCGCAGAGCGACUCCAUCAUGAGGAACAUCUGUUCGUCCCUCAGAUUUGUUAAGAAUGUUAAUAUGGCUUUAUAUAUGAAUAGAAUAGUGGACUUCGAGCUAUCUAAAACUGAAGGGAAAUUCACUGUUAAAGUAGGAGUUGAUCCAGAUCUUGAUAUGAAAAAGCAAACAAUGGCCAGUCUGCACGGUCUUAUGUCAGAGACGGCUAAAGUAGAGUUAGAGCGUUUACCGACUUUCAUAGAGGAGUGUACGAUGCUGUACAUGCCUCACUUGGGCUACUUGCUGGGGGUGAAGGCAUGGGAGGAGAAUCUUACUAUGAAACAGAAAGAACUACCCGACAUGAGAUUUAUGUUUCAAAACAACGAUUACAUACAUUACAAAAGUAAGGGAUGCGAAGAACUGGACAUGAUGAUAGGCGACACAUACCCAGAGAUAGUCGCGCACGAGACGCGCAUCAUGAUGCGUCUCGCGGCCAUACUGAUGGAGAACUUACACACGCUAGCUACUGUCACAGAUAAAUGCGCCGAAUUGGACUGCUUAAUAACGAUAUCAAAACUUUGUAAAGAAUUCAAUUAUGUCCAACCAACAUUAACUAUGGAAAAGAUAAUAAACAUAAAACAAGGCAAGCAUCCUUUAUACAUAGCGACUACAGAUAACUUUGUGCCUAACGACGUCGAGAGCAGUCGGGAGGCGGGGUAUGUUAAGAUACUGACUGGACCAAACUCUAGCGGCAAAUCCGUUUAUAUGAAACAAAUAGGUCUAAUAGUAUACCUAGCGCAUAUAGGCAGCUUCGUGCCCGCCGAAGCGGCCACCGUAGGCGUCGUGAGCCACAUCUACUCCCGCAUACAGUCCACUGAGUGCAUCGCCUCGCACAUGUCCGCUUUCCUCAUUGAUUUAAGACAGAUGGCGUUAGCUCUCCAAGAGUCUACCACCAACUCCUUAGUGCUAGUGGACGAGUUCGGCAAAGGCACGCCGGGCGCGGACGGCCUGGCGCUGCUCGCCGCCGGCCUCAACACGCUGCUGUUCCGCGCCGGGGACUGCCCCCACGUGCUGUUGGCCACACAUUUCUUAAAAAUUAAGGACUUUAUCGUUGAUACGCCCAUUGUUAGGUUUUUGAAAUUCGAGCAUAUGAUGGACAAUGGCGAGCCGGUAUUUCUAUUCCGCGUGUCAGCGGGCAGCGCGGGCGCCGGCCUGGCGCGCGCCGUGGCGGCCGCCAGCGGCGUGAGCGCUGCCGUCGUGGACAGGGCUGGCGCCGUGUUGGAGGCCAUGAUGGUACUAUUA